GCGAGUGAGAGGACGCGAGAAAGGGGAAGGGGAGGUGAGGGAGGCAUCUCAACGCUGAUGUCCAGAGCCUCGAGCGACUAUUCGCCAGCAGGCCAGGGGCUUUGCACGACCUGCCAAGAUGACGGAGGGGCCCAAGAAGGCCAGCAAAAAGUUCAAGUUCUUCAAGUUCAAGGGCCUUGGGAGUCUCUCCAACCUCUCUCGGUCCUUCACUCUGAGACGGUCCUCGGCCCCCACCAGUAUCCAGUCCCAUCUGAAGCCUGACACCUUUGAGGCCACACAGGAUGACAUGGUGACAGUACCCAAGAGCCCCCCGGCCUAUGCCCGCUCCAGUGACAUGUACAGCCACAUGGGCACCAUGCCUCGCCCCAGCAUCAAGAAGGCGGCAUCAAGACAGGCCUCCGAGAAGGCCCAGGAGGUGGACCCUGAGCCCCAUCUGGUGCCCCAAGAUCUGCCUGACCCCCCCGGCUUGGAGGCAGCAAAGGAAGUGGUGGUGGGGACCGAUGCCCCCUUGGAGGACACCCCAGCAGUGGGACCCAACCCCCCAGCAGUGGAGGGGGACCCCAUAGGAGAGCCUGACAACCCCAGGACAGACAUAGAAGAGGAGAGAGCCCCUGAGGAUGUGCCCCCAGAAAGGGCCGCUGGAGAGCUGGAGGCUGGCGGGGACUACGUGAAGUUCUCCAAGGAGAAGUACAUCUUGGACUCAUCGCCUGAGAAGCUGCACAAGGAGUUGGAGGAAGAGCUCAAACUCAGCAGCACAGAUCUCCGCAGCCACGCCUGGUACCACGGCCGCAUCCCCCGCGAGGUCUCGGAGACCCUGGUGCAGCGCAAUGGCGACUUCCUCAUCCGGGACUCGCUCACCAGCCUGGGGGACUACGUGCUCACGUGCCGCUGGCGCAACCAGGCCCUGCACUUCAAGAUCAACAAGGUGGUGGUGAAGGCGGGCGAGAGCUACACCCACAUCCAGUACCUGUUCGAGCAGGAGAGCUUCGACCACGUGCCCGCCCUCGUGCGCUACCAUGUGGGCAGCCGCAAGGCCGUGUCGGAGCAGAGCGGCGCCAUCAUCUACUGCCCCGUCAACCGCACCUUCCCGCUGCGCUACCUGGAGGCCUGCUACGGCCUGGGCCCGGGCAGUGGCAAGGCCGCCAGCCCCGCCAGUCCCUCUGGCCCCAAGGGCAGCCACAUGAAGCGGCGCAGCAUCACCAUGACCGACGGGCUCACCGCCGACAAGGUCACGCGCGGGGACAGCUGUCCCACCAGUGCGUCAGUGCCCCACCCCCGGGAAUCCAUCCGCAACUGUGCCCUCAGCAUGGACCAGAUCCCCGACCUGCACUCGCCCAUGUCUCCCAUCUCCGAGAGCCCCAGCUCCCCUGCCUACAGUACCGUGACCCGUGUCCACGCUGCCCCUGCAGCCCCGUCGGCCACAGCGCUGCCUGCCUCCCCUGUCACCCGCCGCUCCAGUGAACCCCAGCUGUGUUCCGGAAGUACCCCAAAGCCCCCUGGGGAGUCGGACAAGGGAUCUUACGCCAGCCCCUCCCACACCCUCUGCAAGGCCUCCCCGUCACCGUCGCUCAGCAGCUACAGUGACCCGGACUCUGGCCAUUACUGCCAGCUCCAGCCUCCCGUGCGUGGCAGCCGCGAGUGGGCAGCGGCUGAGGCCUCCAGCCAGCAGGCCAGAAGCUCCGGGGAGAAACUAAAGGAACUUUCUGAAAAUGGGGCCCCUGAGGGGGACUGGGGCAGGGCCUUCACAGUCCCCGUCGUGGAGGCCACUUCUUCCUUCAACCCGGCCACCUUCCAGUCACUCCUGAUCCCCAAGGAUAACCGGCCACUGGAGGUGAGCCUCCUGUGCAAGGUCAAGGAGCUGCUGGCAGAGGUGGACGCCCGGACGCUGGCCCAACAUGUCACCAAGGUGGACUGCCUGGUUGCUAGGAUACUGGGCGUUACCAAGGAGAUGCAGACCCUAAUGGGAGUCCGCUGGGGCAUGGAGCUGCUCACCCUCCCCCAUGGCCGGCAGCUACGGCUAGACCUGCUGGAAAGGUUCCACACCAUGUCCAUCAUGCUGGCCGUGGACAUCCUGGGCUGCACUGGCUCCGCUGAGGAGCGGGCCGCGCUUCUGCACAAGACCAUCCAGCUGGCGGCCGAGCUUCGGGGGACCAUGGGCAACAUGUUCAGCUUCGCUGCGGUCAUGGGCGCCCUGGAUAUGGCCCAGAUUGCCCGGCUGGAGCAGACAUGGAUGACCCUGCGGCAGCGACACACAGAGGGUGCCAUCCUCUAUGAGAAGAAGCUCAAGCCAUUUCUCAAGAGCCUCAACGAGGGCAAAGAAGGCCCGCCACUGAGCAACACCACCUUUCCCCACGUGCUGCCGCUCAUCACUCUGCUGGAAUGUGACUCGGCCCCGGCCGAGGGCCCCGAGCCCUGGGGCAGCACGGAGCACGGCGUGGAGGUGGUGCUGGCCCACCUGGAGGCUGCGCGCACCGUGGCACACCAUGGAGGGCUGUACCACACCAACGCCGAGGUCAAGCUGCAGGGGUUCCAGGCCCGGCCGGAGCUCCUGGAGGUGUUCAGCACCGAGUUCCAGAUGCGCCUCCUCUGGGGCAGCCAGGGCGCCAGCAACAGCCAGGCCCGGCGCUACGAGAAGUUCGACAAGGUCCUCACCGCCCUCUCCCACAAACUGGAGCCUGCUGUCCGCUCCAGUGAGCUGUGACCCCCAUGGACCCUUCCCCUCUGUAGCUGCGGGCAGCAACAGGGACAGAGGGGCACAGACCUUUCCCCAGAGCACCCCAGGGACACUGUGAUCAGCCCGAGCACGUUCUGGGUUCAACUCCAGGACCUCCCUUGUACCUCCAGGGUCCAGUGUGGACUCUGGCCUCCAUCCCCCUGCUACACGCUCACCGAGUCUCCCUUCAGGAAGAACUGGAACCCCUGUUCCUCCUCCAGCAUCUGCUUCUCCCCUUCCUGCUGAGAUGCCCUGUGUUCGAGCUGUGGGAGGCUCCUCACACCUCCUCACUCUUCUCCAGGCAUCUGCCCCCCACCGCCACCAGGGCCUCCAUCUGGCUGUAAAUACGUCUGUCUGUUCUGUAAAUAGAUGUACAGAAGCCAUGUUCUUUCUUUCAUAUAAUAAACUUUUAUGACUCUUU